AUGUAUCCUUUUCCAUAUGGCCAAAAUUUUUCAACAUCAAUUCCGCAAUAUGGAAACGAUCCGACGCCAACAAAUGUUCAAGAAUCUCCACUUUCACAAUUUUCUACUUUUGAUAGUAGAGAUGUCAUAGAUUUAAAUGAGAACAACAUUGAAGUUGAAGAGAUACAAGAUAUACGAGAUAAUAAUGUUCAAUGGAAAUGGGAAGAAGAUAAGCUUUUAAUCAGUGCUUGGUUAAAUGUGUCAAUUGAUCCACUAGUUGGUACUGAUCAGAAGGGUGACACGUUCUGGGAACGGAUUCAUCAGUAUUGUGAAGAAAGCGAUCCUGGUCUUAUCAUAAGAGGCACUGUGGCUAUAAGAAAAAGAUGGCAACGAAUCAACGAAAGGGCUCAAAAAUAUGGAGCAUGCUUCGAGAAAGCACAAAAAAUAGUUGGAAGUGGUUCAAACAUGGAUGAUAUAAUAGAGAAAGCUCAUUUACUCCAUAAAACUCAUUAUGGCAAGAAAUGUAACUUUGAUAAGCAUUGGAGUGAGCUUCGGAGGCAACCAAAAUGGAGAGCUCCUACAACAAAUAGCGGGAGUACAAAGCGAACUAAAUUAAGUGAUUCUGGAGCUUAUUCAUCAUCAGCUAACAAUGAAACACCAGAUGACAAUAAUAUUGUUGAAUCUCCAGUUCGUCCAAAAGGUACAAAAGCAACCAAGAGGAAAGGAAAGGGAAAGAAGAAAGUCAUUGAUGUGGAUGCUGAACGCUACGAAGAAAUGACAUCUGUUCAAUGUAGGAAGUUGUCUCUGUUGGAAGAAUUUAAUAAGAACCAUGUUAAGGAGAUGAACUUAAAGAUCAUUAUGGCAGACACAAGUAUAAUGACCGAAGCCCAACGUGAAGUACAUGCAAAGCUGGUUGAAGAAAUAAGAAGGGGAAACUAG